UAAUUUUAAUUUAAUAUUCGGCGUACGUAUAGUUCACUUCACUGUAUUUACAUAUAUAUAGACAUAUAGUUGGUUCUAAUGUUAAUAUAUUUUUAUAUUAAUAAAAUUAAAUAUUAGUAUCGUGUUAAAAAACAUUUAUUAUUUGUACACAAAUAAUAAGUUGAUUACCAUCAAAAUUCAAAGUUAUUAUUUUAUAUUAAUUUUAAAUUAUGGAUUUCGAAAAAUUAAUACUAGGAAUAGACAUAGGAACAAGUUCAGUAAAAAUUUCACUUUUAGACAGCUGGACUUCAAAAUCUGUUUAUGCGAAAUCGGUCCCAACCAAAGCAAAAAUUAAUCCUAGUCAUCAAAAUGGUGAUGAGCAAGAUGUUUUCAAAAUUUUGAAAGCAAUGCGAGAAUGUUUAAGGUCACCAGGAAAAAUUAUGGAAAAGGUAAAAGCGAUUGGUAUUUGUGGUCAAAUGCAUGGAAUAGUUUUUUGGAAUGAACAAUUUGUACAAACAUUUUGGAAUAGUGAGUUCACAAAUGAAACAGAAAAAUUGGUAUCUAAUUUAUAUACAUGGCAAGAUGCACGUACAGAUUUAAAAUUUUUGACUAAGCUGCCGAAACCUCGUUCUCAUUUAAAGGCAUACUCAGGUUAUGGAUGUAAUACCAUUUUUUGGUUAAAAGAAAAUCAACCAGAAAUAUUGAGUAAUUUUAAGCAAUGUGGCACAAUUCAAGAUUUAAUUGUAUCAAUACUUUGUAAUCAAGGAAAACCAAUCAUGUCUACUCACAACGCAGCAAGUUGGGGAUAUUUUGAUGUAAUUGACUGUUCCUGGAAUACAGAUAUUCUGAUUGAAGCAAAUUUUCCAGUUCAUCUAUUACCAUCAGUUGUACAGCCUGGAAUAAAUGUUGGGACAUUAUAUGAAACAAUUUAUCAUAUACCAAAAGGCGCAGUAGUUGGUGUUGCUCUUGGUGAUUUACAAUGUUCAGUAAUAGCCACAUUAACAGCAAUGACAGAUGCUGUGAUAAACAUUUCCACUUCUGCUCAAGUUGCAUUUGUAGCCAAAACAAUUGAAACACAAUGCGAUGGUGUUGAAUAUUUUCCAUAUUUUGAAAAUCAAUUCUUAGCAGUAGCAGCUUCUUUGAAUGGCGGAAAUGUCUUAGACUUUUUUGUUAAAUCUGUACUUAACUGGGUAUCUGCUCUUGGAUUGACUAUAACUGAAGAUGAACUGUGGAAUCGAUUGUUACAGUUACCAUCUAAUGAAAAUUCAACACCUCUGAUAGUAAACCCUUUAAUUUUUGGUGAAAGACAUGAUCCAACAACAUUUGGAUCAUUAAUGAAUGUUACAAAUAAUAACCUCACAUUAUCAGAAGUAUUUUCAGGUUUUUGCAAAGGACUUAUUAAUAAUUUACUUAAAAUGAUGCCAAGAGAAAUGUUGUUAAAAGCUGGAAUUCAAAGAAUCAUAGGAUCAGGAUCAGUCAUAACUAGAAAUCAUAUCAUAAAAAAAGAAAUAGAACAUUGUUUUAAUCUCCCACUAAGUGUAAAAAUGCCAGAAGAUUCUGCUUUUGGUGUUGCUUUAGCAUUAUUGAAGAAUAAUCCUUAUUUAUUUAGUUAAUAAAUAUUAAAAUUUAUUUUAUUAUUAAAAGUGUUCAUUAAAUUAUAAUAUAUAUUAUAAUAAUUAUACAUAAAAUACAUAAGA